GGAGAGAUGGGAUGGGAUGAGGUGAGAUGGGACAAAGAGAGACGGCAUGGGGUGAGCUGGGACGUGGUGAGCCACGAGCAUGGUGUAAAGCCCAGGGACCUCCACCACAUAGCAUAAACCCAAGGAAAAAUUUCCUGGCAUUAACAAACAGCAAAUCUUCAGGUUAAAAGGGUUUGGUACUUCCCGCAGCAUACAGACACCGCGGCAAAGGCUACCAGGCAGCACUCGGCACAAGCUGCAGCCUGCAAUGUGCAUUCCUGGGGUCUCCAGUCCCUCUGGCCCCAGCGCUAGGAUAAAGGUGGCAGGAAGGAGGGCAUCAAAGGCAGCAGGGGCUGGCAGGCAGCUUACCUCCAUCCCUCCACCUGGAUUCAAGCUGGCCAGAAAAAAAAUCAGGCAAACCAUUUUUCUAGUUGCAGCUUGCCCGACUGUCAACAUCACAACUCUGCGCAGAGACCACUCGGCACCGGAUGGGAAAGCAGUUGGGAUCCGGCACCAUCCAAAGGCGCUUCUGGAACCCACUAGCUGCUUACAGGAGCUGAACGUACCCCAGGAGGCCUUCAAGCAGAGGGAGCAGCACGGGCAGCCAACAUGGAGCAGAAGAUCAGCUCUUUCUUUAAUUCCAUCUUGGAGCUCAUCCGUACCAAGCAUCAGGAAGGUGUCUUCAACACCGUCUGUUUGGUGGUGCUGAUGGGUCUGCCCGUUGUCGUCCUCCUUGUGUUCAUUUUCAUCUGCUGCCACUGCUGCUUCUGCAGGCGGAGGGGAGAAAGCAGAAAGAAGGGUGGCACCAGCAGCAACGGGCAGCUGCGUGCCGAGAGGAACAAGAAGAAAAAGAAGAAGAAGAAGAAGGAUGAAGAGGACCUGUGGAUCUCUGCUCAGCCCAAGCUUCUUUUGCUGGACAAGAGGCCAUCCUUGCCCAUCUAGCAGAGAGGAGGGCGUUCAGGCCGUCCCCUCUGGGAUGCCACCAGUCCUUUCAGCACCGUGAAGGUUUAGGAGAUGCCAAAGCUGCUGCCACUUUACUGUGACUUCCAAAAGAGGCUGUGCCCAGCGGCUGACCAGCGUGUUGAAGGGCCAGCGGAGAGCAAAGCAGUGGGCACAGGUUUACGCAAGCCUCUUCUCUCCCACCGUGGAGUCGUGCCCCAGAGCCCCCGCAGACGGCAGGUGUGGGUACAGACAGGUGCCUCGCCGAGCACGCGGGGGUGACCUUCCCCUGGGCCACGCGUACCUCCUACCACGGGCACAAUGCACCCGCACCAGCCUGGCCCGCAGCGGCCGGGCGCCAGGGCACAGACAGGGCUGCGCAGGACCACGUGCACUCAGAGUCUGAGCUGCCCGUACGCUCCCCUGCGAACCGCAGACGCCUGCACGCACAGCGAGCGUGGGCACGCCUCAUUCGCUUGUCCUGCUGCGGAGAUGGUACAGUUUGACUGUCUGAGCUCCAUCCAAACCCAGCUGACGUUGAAGAUGCGGAGAAAGCUGAGCGCAGAGGUACCCCCGGCUCAAAGAUGUGCCAUCUCCCACCACCGAACCAAAGGCGGCUGAGAGCGUCUGUGGAUAGACACCCUCAGCCCAAGCUUAGAGAUCUCCAGACACCAUCUUUAAGGCAGCAAAGCAAAAGGUUGCAUCACCAUGCAGGCUAGAGGCAGGGAGGAGAGAGGAGGCUGCAACACUGCCCCUUUUGCACCAGCACUUACGAAAAACAUCUUCCUUGAAAGACUCCUUUAUACAGAUUUGCCUUUAGAGAGCCCAUCACGCUACUGCAAGAGCGGAAACGCAAGCUGAGGCUGUGUAAAGGUUUCGCUACGGGCAUUAGAGUUAUUUAUUGAAUGACUACUAAAGAAGAGCAGGACCAAAGGCCCCUCUGUCGCGGGGCUAGGGACACCGAAGCAGGAUUGAAGCAGCAGACACGCUUUCCUGGCACACUCGGCCGGCGCCUCUCCCUGCAGCCCCUGUGCGCACGCAGAGGGCUUCUGCACAGCUGGCCAGAUGUAGGAUGUGCUGUAGGAGCAGAGGGGAAUAAACUUCACCUCUACAGCUGUCCCUUACCCCGGCGUGCAUCCCUCGCCAUCCUUAUCCCCCUUGGACACGCGAGCGCCCGGCCAGGCGCAGCAGCCAAGGAGCCCCAGGAGCUCUUAGCCCCACUCUGGUUUUGCCCCUCUGUUGCCCCGAGCAGCUGGGGGUCCCCCCUGGGCCCCCUCUCUGCCCGGCUCUGGCUCCCCGGCUUGUUUCGCCAGUGAGGGACAUGUGUGUGUGAGCAGCAGCUCCACCACAUCUGGGUUUCGCCCUGCAUCUGUACACUGGAUGUUCUCCUCCUGCUUUCUUCCACUUCUCCAGGCGCUGGAGCGGAGCGGAGCCUCCAGCCCGAGCCGGGCAGCUGGAGAACAAGCAGCCAAACCCCAUGGCCGAGCUGGAUGGAACUGCCAGACACAACCGGCUUCCAGCCUGGGCGAGGGCGAUGCCACCUUCCCCCGGCUUUCGGCGAAAGCCACCCAGUCCCAGCGCAGCCAGUUUGGUCUGACUGGGACUGGGCAGCGAUGUGGGGUUUGGCUGCGCGGGGCUGUGCUGCUGACAGCCAGGCUCCUCCUCACCCACCCCUUUAGAUCCACCCCACGUGUGCCUUUUAUUUUCCAGCUUGCUUUGUUCCCACCGAAACAAGUGACUCCAGAGCAGGAAGCAACAUAUAAAUGCUAUAAAAAAAAUAGGAUUCACCACACCUGAUCAUAAAGAGAAACAUGCAGGAAUAGCUCUGGUCUGUCCUAAAGCCCCGGUCCAGCUGGAGAACCAGCUCUGCACUUGUAUUAUUCCUUCUCCUAUCCCUCCUUUCCCCCAUCCAGGUGCUUUUCCAGCCCUCCUGCCUCUGCCCUCGGCAGGUGGGCAAAGCCGCCCGUGCUGCCCACACAGGGGCUCCUGCAGGAACAGCCCCAGGGAAGGGUGCUGAUGCCUAAGGAAUCCAAAAGAAUCAGAGCAAAGGGAAAGAUGGUGGGAGGCCAGAGGCUUAUCCCAACAAGCAGAGCACAGCCAAGCUGGUGUGGAGCUGCUGGGCUUGGCAGCUCCCCGCAAGAAGGUCCUUCUCCAGAAGCAUCAGCGGGUAAUGUUUCAGGCAAAAGCAACCAAUUCCUACAAGAACCAGAGAGCCGUCAAGAGAAAUACCUGUAUUAGCUCACACCCCUCUCAGAUCCCGGCUUUUGGGGGUUCAGAGCCAGCUCUGAAUUUCAGGAGCUCCCCAAAAUCAUCUUUCACAGCACCCCUGGGCUGGGCAGGGAGGGACCAGGAUACAACCCUGCCCUGAGCUGCUGCACCCCAAAAAGCGCUGGAGCUGGCUUGCUCGAGGGCUGCUGCUUUAGCCAAACCACGCACUGAAUCAGCUGCUUCUUGGGGCAAAAGCAGCGGCAGUUUGAGGUGUUGUGGGACCUGUCACCCAUCAGCAGCAACCUGCAGCCCCCGCGCCAGCAGGGACAGAAACUGCUGCCCCGCUCCCUGCUCUCCAGUCACCUCAGCUCUGCUUCCCCACGACUUCACUUCAAUGUCAACAUUUUUUCCUCAGCAGUCCAUGCCGCAGGGAUGAAAAAAAAAAA